CCUCUUCUCUCUUUAGCAUGUGGCUUUUAUAUCACACACGCAGCUGGUCUGUGGGAUCUUUGGCACCAUGCCUAGGAGCCUGUCUUUUUACCAUCCAUGUUGGCAGAGGGCAAGGACUCAGGCCACUAUCACGGCAACUCAUGUUAGAACCUGGAGGGGUGGAUUUGCAGAGAUGGGGGUUGAAGACAGUGUCUUGGCACAAGGGAGAGUUGGGCACACACUCCUACAGAUGCUCUUAGCACAAGAGGGAGCCGGAUGCAGCCAGACGCAUCCUCCUGUGGAUGCACACGCUUAGCUGCAUGUGGGACAGCCAGGACAGUCAUCCACACGACAGCCCCCAAAGGGGAAGAACAAGGCAGAAAGUUCGACCCUGAGCAACGCAAGGCGGGACUGAGUGUCCGGUUCAGGGACAACAGCCAGCUGCUAGGAACUGUCACUGAAGCCUCGGGAAGGCCAGGCAACGACCUUGAAAGGAUUCAUGAUUUCUGGCGCUGUGUCAUGAUCUUGAUGGUGCCCAUUUGUUGGCUGAGCGACCCUUGCUUACUCACUUGCCAACGUAGAAGGCUGUCAUGGAGAAUGAAUAAAAUCACAACCUUGGAAAAGUGCAUAGUUUAGCCCAACAUCUGGCCCAGAGAAACUGUUCAUGAAUGUCGCCUGUGUGCGGCCUCCACGCUGGGCUGGGCAGGUGAAGGACCUGAGUGUAGGGUGUGACAGAGGACAGACAGCUGUGGAAGGACUCCUGGUCCAGCAGCACUGUUGAUGUGGACUGGGUCAACCCCAGCUUGGGGCUCGUUUACUUCUCUGAACACUGGGAGGCCCGGAGAAGCGGUUACCACGGGGACGUCAACUCAGAUACUGUGCCCGGGAGUUAGAGGCGCAGCGUGUCUGCCUGACCCAGGGUUUUCAUGUCCUCCCUCCUUUGACCUGUUACUGGGGCUGCUCAGCUGCGACCUGGUGGCUUUCUGCUCAUACUCUCGUAUGACCUGUUACUGGGGCCAGUACUAAGAAUCCUCAAGGGGCUCAGAAGACUGUCCAUUGUGACGUAAGCUCCCAUUCCAUGACAACAGAGGGCAUUCCAGCUCUCGCCCCUGGGCCGUGGCUAAGAAGAAAAGAUCAGGGACAAGGAGAAGCAGGAGUGGCUCUCCCCACAUGUCAGGCUUCUGAGGCCAUGGGGAGGUGAGAGGGUCAACUCUCAGCACUUUUGGCUCCUGGGAGAGGAUGGUCAAAGGGAGUCGCUUCAACCCCACUUUGGAAAAGGACGGCAAAUGGUUCCCUCACAAUGUGCAGAAGACCCCGGAAUCCAUCACGGGUGCUAUGUUAAAAGAGCCCCUUUGUCCACACUUACCAAAGCAACUGGAGGCAAAGCUGCCACCAAUAUAUAAAGUCCGAGAGAAGCAAGCAGUCAACAACAGCUUCCCCUUCUCGGCGCAUGACAACCGGCACAGCUUCCAGAGCUGCGGAUGCUACCUGGACUCGGGCUUGGGACGUAAGAAGAUCUCUCCAGAUAAGAGGCAACAUGUUUCUCAAAAUUUUAACCUUUGGGCAUGUGACUGCACUCCGUCAUGCCUGGAUGGCCUUUCAAAUAACCAAAUAUCGUAUGUCUACAAAGAUGCCAUGGUGGUAUCGGGCUUCAGACGGUUUCCAAGAUGUUACAAGGAGAGAUGGAGUGCCAUGAAAUUCAUCCCCAAGCAAAGCUAUGCAGAGUUUUUGAAAAAGAAACCAAAGGUGAAGUUUGCCAAUGACACAAAGCCUGCCUCUCCGUGGGAGCCCUAGAGCUGCUCGAAUAUUCUUCACGAGUUGUGUAAUAUUUCCUCAGACCUCGUAAAGUGGACUUUUCAUUCAACACCAACAUGUGAUCGAUGAAAUCCUUUGAUGACUUUAAA